CAUGACUCCGUAUCUCGCUUCGUUGCCGUACUCGUUGUAACUUGAGCAGCACGCGCUUCACGAGCUUACGCCGGUCGCUUCGAGCGGGAGUUGUGAACUAGUUGCGAAACUAAGUUGCGUACGCUGUGAGGAGUGCUGUUGCAGCGACAGUGCCAGGUUACGUUGCCGCCUUACGACGAAGAGAUAAUUUGCAAAGAGAUUUUGGCUCGGAGUCAUAUAAUAAUUUCAACGAGUUCGCCAAAAAAAGUUGAGCCCCGCACCGCACCGGCUUGUUCGCUGACCGCCGAGCCGCUAAUCUCGCUUUUUUCGCGCCCUACCGUCGCCAGCCCCGACCCACACCGGCCGCCGCCGUCAUGCUCGCAAAUCAAGCACCGCUCGCCCUCUACUAAAAUCAACCGUCAACAUCGAUACGAACGCGUGUGAUAAUAAUAUUUUAAUACUUGCCUAAAUAAGCUUGCAACGUCGGUGUCUUUAAUUCUAACAUAAUUCUAAGAUUAAUAUUUAGUAAUUAAUAUUCGUUUAACCUCGGAAUAUCGUCGUGGUGUUCCGUGUUCCUUCGCGUGUGUAGUAGUGUUUGUAGUGAAGGGUGCGCCAGCGCCGAAGUGACACAGAAUCAACUCGCCGAGCGAAAGUGAGAAGUGCAUGCUCGGAGCGCGCGGGCGCGCUCGCUCCCCUCUGCAUAUGCGCCGCACUCGCUCUAAGUAAUUGUGCGCGCUACUCCUACUCCCCCCAACACAGUGGCAACGAUGGCAACCAUGGUGAACAUGAAUAGCCUCCUGAAUGGAAAAGACUCUCGUUGGCUGCAACUCGAAGUGUGCCGCGAGUUCCAACGUAAUAAGUGCUCGCGACCCGACACCGAGUGCAAGUUCGCACAUCCUCCGGCAACCGUCGAAGUACAGAAUGGAAGGGUCACCGCCUGCUACGAUAGUAUCAAGGGACGGUGUAACCGCGAGAAGCCACCCUGCAAGUAUUUCCACCCGCCGCAGCAUCUCAAAGAUCAGCUUCUCAUUAACGGUCGGAAUCACCUAGCACUAAAGAACGCCUUAAUGCAGCAGAUGGGAUUGACGCCAGGCCAGGUGCUCCCUGGCCAAGUUCCAGCCGUGGUGGGCGGCGUGAGCGGAGCGGGAGCGGCUGCGAGCCACCUCGCCGCGCUGGAUCCGAUCAGUCUCGCCCUGCUCGCUCCGCAGGCAACGUCGCCGUACUUAUCGGGUGUGCCAGGCGUAGGGUCGACGUAUGCCCAGUAUUAUGCGCCUCAGUUGGUACCCGCGGUGCUUGGGCAUGACCCGGCCGCCGCGGCGGCCUCGCCGCUGGGCGUCAUGCAGCAGCCAGUGCUGCAGCAGAAAUUGCCGCGCACUGACCGUCUCGAGACGGCCGCCGCAUCGCAGCAGCCGGCAGCGAGCGCGACUUCGGAGCCGGGCAAGAAACGUCCGGCGCCCGCCGAGCUCGAGCCGCCACCGAUGGACAUGAAAAGCGUCGGAUCCUUCUAUUACGAUAACUUCGCCUUUCCCGGAGUGGUGCCGUAUAAGCGACCCGCCGCGGAUAAAGCCGGAGUUCCCGUGUAUCAGCCGGCGACUACGUAUCAACAACUGAUGCAGCUUCAGCAGCCAUUCGUGCCCGUGUCAUGUGAGUACCCCGCGCCCGCCUCGUCCGCCCCGCCGGCCGCGGUUACGGCGGUGUCGGGAGCCACGAGUGCUCCCCAGCCCGCGCCGCCCCCGCAGCCCGCGCCACCGCCCGCGCAACAAGCCGCACAGUCCGCGCCCGUGCAGUCCGCGUCGCCACCCGCGCCCAGCGGCGACGCUUCCGCGCCCGACCCCGCCGCCGUGGCGAAGGAGGUCGCACACAAGAACUACGCAGCCGCUCUUGCACUCGCUGCACAACAGUCCGCUAUGGCGCACGCGGCUGCAGCCUACACGCAGCAAGCGUUCAAGGCCCGCGCUGCCAUGCCGGGGCUAAUGCGCGCUCCACUGAUGAUGAGGCCGGGCUGGCCCGGGCCGCCCAUGCAUAUGCCCGCCUUCUACCAGCAGCCGUACAUGUACGCGAUGCCGCCGCCCACGCCGCCGUCCGCGGCCGCGGCGGCUGCGGCUGCGGCUGCCGCGGUCAAUCCCUACAAAAAAAUGAAGACGACCUAAGUGAGUGCGCGGGCGGGCCGCGGCCGGAGGGGCGCGGGGCGCGGGGUCUCCGCGUAGAGACUCGUACGUGUGCGAUCGAGUGUGGCCCCGGCCUGUCGGGGUAUUAGCGCUAGGCGUGUUGUCACAUUUGUAUUGUAUUAUUGUAAGGACGAAGCGAACGGUUUCCGUCUCGCGGAUGUCUAGGUAGUUUUACGCUAUAAUAUCUAUUCUAUUAUGUAUCUACUCACUUACCGUUUUAUCUUAUGCGUGUAUAUUUCUCGUAUCUACGAUCCCGGUAAUAAUAACGCUUGAAAUGCA